UAUUGCUGUAAUUCAAAGGAAAAUAUGAGAAUGAGAAAAUGGACUCCAGAGACGUGGCCAUGGGACUGAUGUUUUUAUCACAGACUGCAGUAGGAGUUCUGGGAAAUUUCUCUCUGCUUUAUUACUAUUUAGUCCUCUUCUGCAAUGAGUGCAAAUUAAGGUCCACUGACUUGAUUCUCAGGCACCUGAUUAUAGCCAACACCCUGAUCAUUCUCUCUAAAGGAAUUCCCCAGACAAUGACAACUCUUGGGCUGAAACAUUACUUCAAUGACUAUGUGUGCAAACUUCUUUUGUACGUGCAGCGAGUGGGCAGAAGUACGUCCAUUUUCAUCACCUGCCUCUUGAGCAUCUUCCAGAACAUCACCAUCAGCCCCAUGAACUCCUGUUGGAAGGAUCUCAAAGGAAAAGCUCCAAAGUACAUUGGUUUCUCUAUUUCCCUUUCUUGGAUUCUAUACAUGGUGGUGAAUUCCAUUUUCCCUCUCUAUAUGUUUAGCAAAUGGAGUAGCAAAAAUCUAACAAGAAAAACAAAUUAUGGGUACUGUUUUUCUGAAGCUGGUGACAAAAUCUCAGAAUCAAUAUAUGCAGCCUUAUUUGUAUUUCCUGAGGUUGUCUUUUCUGUGCUCAUGAUCUGGUCCAGUGGCUCCAUGGUUCUCCUUCUGUACAGGCACAAGCAGAGUGUUCAGCACAUUCCCAGCAUCAAAGUUUCCCCCAGAUCCUGUCCUGAGUCCAGAGCCACCCAGAGAAUCCUUGUCCUGGUGGGCACCUUUGUGAGUUUCUACACCCUCUCCUCCCUAUUAAAUGUUUGUGUUUCCUUUGAUUUUAAUCCCAGCUGGUGGUUGCUGAACACCAACUCACUCGUCUUCAUGUGUUUUCCCACUGUCAGCCCCUUUCUUUUCAUGAGCCCUGACUCCAUUCUAUCCAGGCUCUACUUCUGAG